GCGGCCCCGAUCCCCGGCGUGGCCCCUCCCGGCGUGACCGCUCUCAGGCCUUUCCCCGGUUGUGACCCCUCCCCGGGACACCGCCGCUGGGACCCCCCCCGGCGGAGAUCCCCCUGGGUUCGGCUCCAUCCCCGCAGAUCCACCGCCCGCCCAGCUCGGGGGGUCCCGGCUUCGGGGGGGGGCCCGGCCCUGUGUCCCCCCCCUUCCUGCCCCAGUGGCCCCCCCGGGAGGAGGAAGAAGAGGAGGAGGAGGAGGAGGAGGAGGAGAAGGAGAAGGAAUGGCGGCGCCGUGGCGGGUACUGGAGCCCGCCCAAAAAUCCAUAAAAAUUUACUGAUCCCACCUUUUCUUACCCCAAACGAGCUUUACCUGGGCGAGAAGUAAGGCCAAAGGCUCCCACAGCAUGGCUCAGGCGAGUCUCCUGGCCUGCGAGGGGCUCUCGGGCGUCUGCCUCGUCCCCACCGUCGCCAGCAAGAAGAUGAUGCCCAAAUCCGGAGGGAAGCAGGACGGGAGCCGGGAACGGGGCUCCAGCCCCGACCUCCUGUCCCUCCGCCAGGACCCCGACAAGCCCCGUGCCCGCAAAGACGACGAUGCUCCCGAGGCCUCCAACCCCAAGAAAUCCAUGAAAAAGCGCCGCAAGCGGGUUCCCGGCGCCGAGGGACCCCCGAGCUCCUCCCGCCGAGGAUCCCAGAUGGUGGUGAUCGAGCAGAACGGCUCCUUCCAGCUCAAGAACUUCAUCUGCGACCACUGCUUCGGCGCCUUCCGGAGCAGCUACCACCUCAAGCGGCACAUCCUCAUCCACACCGGGGAGAAGCCCUUCGAGUGCGACAUGUGCGACAUGCGCUUCAUCCAGAAGUACCACCUGGAGCGGCACAAGCGGGUGCACAGCGGGGAGAAGCCGUACCAGUGCGAGCGCUGCAUGCAGAGCUUCUCCCGCACCGACCGGCUGCUGCGACACAAGCGCAUGUGCCAAGGCUGCCAGACCAAGACCCCUCCCGACUCCCAGCUGCUGCUGUGAACAUCUGGGGACGCCGGGAAGUUCAGGGGGUGCGGGAAGUGGGGGGGGAUGAUUCCUCCCGCGCCCCCUCCUCCCCGUCACCGUGCUCCGCCUCACCUGGAUUUCUCACCCUCCCCCUCUCGAAGGACGGGGAAGAAACCGAGCGCUGCCAGCGUGGGAAAAAAAAAAACCCCAACUCGGAUCGUUCCUGCCCUCCGGCCUAAAAACUUGGAUUACGAUCCAAAAAAACAAACAAACAAAAAAAAUCCUCCUGGAAUCUUCAAGUGCUCCCCUGAACCCACACCCCUGAAUGCACCCCUUCCCCUCUUAGGAGAGACUGGGAACCCCCAAAGUGCCCGAAAUCCCAGCGGAUCCAGGAUACCUGAGCACAGGUAGGAGGGUCCCGCUGGGAGCAGCAGCAUCGAUCCCUCUCUUUGGGAAAAGGAGGAGAACUGAAGAUGUUGGGGAGGCGGGUGGGGUGCACCCCCCUUUUUUUGUUGUUGGAAAAUAGGAAAAAAAAAGAGGAAUUUGGGGGGGACCCCCUUGAGCGGCGCAUCCUGCUCGGCGGCACUUCCCAUUUCCUCUGGAACUCCUUCAGAUUUUGGGGGGGGUUUCUCCGACUUUGUGUGGUUUUGGGGUGCUGCCUGUGUCCCCCCGUGCUGGGAGGUCUGCGCCCUUGCCGGGGGCGGGACAGGGCCCCCCCAGUUUCCUGGAAAACCCCUGGAUCAGGAGCGAGGUGGGGGAGGGCAGGAGCAGCCACAAGCCCCCCCAAAACCGCAGGGUGGGGGGGGUGCCCCUGCUCUGCCCCCCACUUUGGGGGUGUCCCUGUCCCCCAUCACACACUGCUCCAAGGGGCAGGAGAUGUUCAUUUGGCCUCCUCCCUUUUUGUGCCCUGAACCCCCUUUUUGGGCCUGGAGGAGUUUGGGGGGGACGGGACACCCCCAAAUUCUGGGGUCCUCCCCCGGUGACACUUCAAGAAGGACUUUGGCUCUGCUGAGCCCAUUCCCCCAAAUCUGAGGGGCCCGGGGGGGGGCGAU